AUGAACUCAUUCUCUACGGACGUUGUACUUCGCUUUCUGGGUCGACUUCGAGAUGCUGGUCGCGACUUCGCCUACAACCAGAUUGCCACCACAAACCAUGCGAUUCCAGGACGGCGUGGUGCACAGGUUUUGGAGGAAAUACCGGUUGACGACGGUAUCUACAUUGUCGGAGCCUACAAUCACCGCCACAUCGGUCAUGAAGCAGUGCUGACUGUUCAAGGAGCCAAGCUCCUCAUCUACGACUUAAAGGAAGGUAACCCGAUCUCGUCCGCGAAGCGCUGGAUUAACUUCUAUGCAUUUGUUCGUCCGUUCAAGGUCUUUAAGUAG